AUUCAAACAAAUUUACUAUCAUGUGAUUGCAAAAUGAGAGCUUUCAGAAAAUGGUUAAAAAAUAGAAAAGGCAGAUGUAAUGUUAAAUAUGAUAAAUUCUGUAAAUCACCAACUGGCCGAACACAUGAAACACUUCUGGAUUAUAAAAUAACAUGGUUAGAUUGUAACAGUGAGGUAUUCAAACAAAUAUGUGCCUUGACUGGUUGUUUUAUCACCCUAAUGACAAUUGUGAUUUUAUCUCUGCUUAAAUACUUCUGGAGGGAUAUUAAAUACAGACAUAUGGUGCGGAGGGCACGGCAGAGGAAUGGUUACAAUAUCAUCAAAGACAAUGAUGAGGACAUGGAAAUCUAUGAUGCUUUCGUAAGUUAUCAUUCGGAAAAAAGAAUAUGGGUCAAUCAAGUCAUGACACCGGAACUGUGUAAUGGCGAACUUGAUUUUACAUUGAUUCACGAUGACAACAUAAUACCAGGUCAAGAAUCAUACUUUAGCGGGAUCAUGACCCAUAUGGAUCGUAGUCACCAUAUAAUUUUUCUGGUCACACGAGGAUGGAUGAAAGAGGGGUGGAACGAGUUUGUCAGGAGAACUGAGGCUUAUGGUGAGAAACAGUGUUUGCCUAAAAUGGAGCGAAGAUGAAAGAAAACAAAGAAAAUUCUGGAGAGAUCUGAAAUUAGAGUUGGGCAAGAAAAAAUUUGAUAUAAAAUAAUUGCCAAUGGAAAA